AGAAGGCAUCAUCACUGCACUACUGCCUACCACUCUGAUACAGAGGUUUAUGAUGGUGGGGUUUUAGAGCGGUGGCGCACGGCGGUCCUCUCUCUUUUUUCUCACUUGGCCUAUUAUCAUCUUACACGCUCUACCAGUGCACAAAGUGUUGUUACAAAUGGAGACGCAGUCAAUAAGGCUUCGUUUGGUGUUCGAAGAUCGUUCGGUUCUUAGCGAAACACAGCGCUCCUAUGGUAUGAACCAGAGCUGGCUUCUAAUUGAGCCACAACAACAUCCGAAAAUCUCCGACGUCUGUAAUCAUCUUCUUCACAUUUUCAACCUUCGUCGCUCGUGCCCUAAUGGCAUCCUCCUCUAUAUGGAAGACUUUGUAUUGCCCCCAUCUGAGUCAACUCGAAUCUUGAAGGACAAGGAAAUAAUUUGUGUGAAAAGAAAAGAAAUGGCUUUGGCUGAAGCAAUAGAGGGGGCAAAUGCUGGUAAUUUACUCGACUAUCCAGAAGUCAACAGGAAGGAACCUGUGAAUAAUGGCAUGUUACUUCUAGCAAACGAAGAGUUUGAUAAGGAAACUGGAGGAUACCAAAGUGAAUCUGAGGAUGCUGAAGAUGAAAAGUUGGAAGAUGAACCUUCACCUAUACAAACAGCUUCCAAGAAAAGAAAAGCCUCUAAAACAUCUAGGAGCUCAAAGAAGAAGAAACACCGAUCAGUGAUGGAUGGUGUUGAAGAUGAAGUUGUGACAGAGGACAACAACAUUAAUAAUGACAAAUUUUAUCCCAUGAAAGUCAUUAAACCAAGCAAGGAGAAGGGGAGUGUUGAAACAAUCCUUGUGAAGAGGAAGAAGAAACACAGAGUGGUGAGUGGUGAUGAAGGUGAAGUUAGAGAUGAAAUUUGCAACAUUGAUGAUGAUAAAAUCAUUACCAAGAAGAAGAUUAAACCAAAUGAGGAAGCUAACAUGGGAGAUGAUGAAACAAGUGACAAAAAGGUUAAAUCUUCUCGAAGGACAAAGAGGAAUGAAGAACAUCUAGAAGACAAUGUCCAAGGAAUUGAAGAAGCAUCUGCUUCACCUGAUGGGGAUAAAAAGGGCCCUAGUAGAAGUGCUAGAAGGAAAAAGGCUAAGAGACAAUGGAAGCGAGAACUUACUAAAAUUUCACAAAAGCCUGAUAGUGAUACCCAUCUAGAAGGGACAAAUGACCACCCGAAGGGGCAUGAAAAGAAUUUGAUAGAAGAAGAAAAAAGAAAAUGUAAUGGGAAUACGGAUACUCAACUUGUUGCUUGUGUAGUCAAGCCAGGUCAUAUUCGCUUUGAACCUCUUGAUGAAGAUGAAGAUGGAAGAGAGAUUGAAGUAGCAGAUGUAGCUUUUGAAUGGAAUGGAAUCAGCAGCAAGAAAAAGGGUCAAAAAUGGGGUUUAGAAAAGUAUUCAGCUUCUAGAAAGGAUGAGUCUGAAAAAACAAGCAAAGAAGAAUCCUCUCCAAUGUUGAAUGUAGACGCAGUGGUUGACCUCAAUGACUUUGAGAACCUCCCUCUAUGCACCUCACCUAAGGAAGGUGAUGUGAUUGCAUACCGACUUGUGGAAUUAUCAUCUUCUUGGACUCCUGAGCUCUCUUCCUACAGAGUUGGAAAAAUAUCACAUUUUGAUUCCAAUAACAUAGUUCUGAAUCCGGUGUCAGAGUAUCCUAUUCUUUUUGAUAAGAUGGAUGAAGAGGGCCCAGACAAUUACUCUCUUUAUAAAGAAGAUGGAAGUUUAGAGAUCGAUUUUACAGGCCUUGUUGAUGUGAAGGUGGUCAAUGGAGUUGGUCAAAGUCAAACUCCAACUCAGGGUGAUGGAGUAAAUUUGAUCUCUAAAGACCCAAGUCCAGUUUGUGAAGCAGUGGUAAGAAACAAAGAAGGGAAUGGUAAUAAUAAUAAUAAGACAUGGAGUGAAGUGAUGGAGGCAUUAAACAAAAAGAAAUCACAAUUACUACUGGAAGUGGAAGCAAAUGAAGAGACAAAGAAGAAGGAUUCUGAAUGGAAUCGAUGGUCAUAUCGAGCCUUAAGAGGAAGUGCACUUGGUCCAACAAUGGCUUUAUUAAGAUCAAACAAUAACAUAUAAAAAUCAUCCCAAUCUUUUUUUAUUCUUCUUUAAAUACUCUUUUCUGUGAUACAAGGAAAUUCGAUUUAAACUGGUGUGUAUGUUUUCAGGAUUGUC